AUGGAGAGUCUGAGUGAGCUGCAGAACCCGCUGCUGCCUCGGAGCCCGGCGCCCCUCGGCGGCCCCUACCCUUACCCCGAGGCCUCCCCCAGCUGGUCCUGCCAGGAGAAGCUCUACUCCUUCCUCCUGGGAGGUGCUGACCCCGCUCGCGCCCACCAGCUCCUGGACCCGGGGUCCCUGCAGCUGGCCGUGGAGGCCUGGUACAGGCCCAGCUGCCUCCUGGGGCGGGACAAGGCCAAGGAGCCCAAGGCGGGCAGCUGUGAGACCAGCUUCACAGAGAGCAGGGAGCCUCAGGCUGGGCCAGCAGAGUGGUCCCCAGAGCCUGGCCAAGCAGAAGAGGAUGUCACCAUCCAGACUGUGUCCUAUGGGGUUCAAGAGGAGCUGCAGGGACAGGAGGAUGACCAGGAGGAGGAAGAGAGUGAUGCAACCUCUACAGAGAGUGAGAGUGAAGACAACUUCCUCACGUUGCCCCCCAGGGACCACCUGGGGCUCACUAUCUUCUCCAUGCUCUGCUGCUUCUGGCCACUGGGCAUUGCUGCCUUCUACUUCUCCCAGGGGACCAGCAAGGCCAUCUCCAAGGGGGACUUCCGCCUGGCCAGCACCACCUCCCGCAGGGCCCUCUUCCUGGCCACACUCUCCAUUGCCGUGGGGGCUGGUCUCUAUGUGGCUGUGGUGGUGGCUCUGGCAGCUUACAUGUCUCACAAUGGCCAUGGCUAG